AUGUGUGAGAUGGGUGUGAUUCCUGUGUUGACUGUAAAACCAUCGAGAGCCCUCUUUGAUGAGAAGUUCCAUGUGGUUGUGGGGAACUUACCACCGACACAGGAGGUCACGCUACAUUCUUUACAUCAGUCUGAAGACACAGACUACUGGGAGGCGUUUGGGCACUAUGUCAGUGAUGCUCAGGGAAGGAUCACAGGUGAGAGAUAUUAUUUCCAUUUAUCUACUUCAUUUACUGUAUCUACUUGAUUUAGCUACUUCAUUUAUCUACUUCAACACAAGAAAAACACUUCCAAAUACACUUUCUGAUGUAUUUGUGCCUGCAAUGGAAAGUAUUUAACUCAUUUUAUUUAUUUAAAGGAAUUACAGUGAAAUAACAAUAUGUCUUCUGUAAACUCGGACUGGUGUCAUAUUCAUCAUAACUAUUUAAAACCCCCUGACAUCAGAAUUAUGUCACAAAAUGCAUGUUUUUUUCCUACACAAACCACACUUUUCGCCCUGUACUUUCUCAAGUAAGUUUUAUGUCAUUAAUAGUCUUUAAGGAUCCAAGUGUAGGGGGGACAUAUGAGGGUGUUGAGCCCAUGGGUCUGUUGUGGAGCAUGAGACCAAUACCUGGCAGUAGACCGGAACUCAGGUAAACAUGAGAAUGAACAUGAGAGUAUUCUGACACUCAGGCAAACGCUAAAGUGGUUGGUAGUUUUGGAAUACAAAUUGUUAUGACCUCUCUAGGUUGAGGAAGAAGGAGGUCCACACUCCCAUGGUGGUGCACAUCUCUGUGUACAGGGGACACAUGAGUCAGGGGUUCAGGGAACAGGUGGCCCUGGCGAGUGUCGUCACAGAACGCUGGUACAUGGCCCCCGGAGUCCGCAGGGUUGACAUCACAGAGGGAGGGGUCACAGGGACCCUAUUCCUGCCACCAGGUACACAAUAUGCUGUCAAUAACUGAAGGUCACAUACAUGUUGGCCAUUUUGCCUGGGUUCUCCUUAAGACCUGUAGAGUAAUAAUAAGUCAUAACAAAUUUCAUUUAGAGUUCUGACAUGUUGAAUAUAUAUAUAUAUAUAUAUAUAUAUAUAUAUAUAUAUAUAUAUAUAUAUAUAUAUAUAUAUAUAAGGCAAAGGAUCAUUGGUAGAAACAAACAAUAAUGUUUUUGUCAUGUCAUCCUGAAGGUCCCGGACCCUUCCCCGGAGUUUUAGACAUGUGGGGAGGUAGUGGCGGCCUGGUGGAAUAUCGAGCGGCUCUCUUGGCAUCCCAGGGCUUUGCUGCCAUGGCGUUAAUUUAUGUCUUCCGAGACCAAAAAAAAAAUUAUACCAUUGGCUACCCUUACUUUGAGGUUUGUGUCUACCGUCUGCACCGUUUUCCUAUAGAAAUCGUGGUUGACACUCUGCCAUUUAUGUGUGUGUGUGUGUGUGUGUGUGUGUGUGUGCGUGUGUGUGAGUGUGUGUGUGUGCCUGCAAAAUGGGAACUGCUCCAAAGAACUGUACUAUGUUUUAAGAAGUUAUUUUUAGUCACUCGGUAAGAUCUUACGAACAAUAUCUUGAUAAACAAUAACUUGCAUGACAAGUGACAGUCUGACAGACAAUGCUACAUAAUACCUGUGACUGUUUGUUUGCUAGUUUGAAUCCUUACCUUACACAAUUAGUAACUGAUUUAGAACUUUGGAAUCAGGUGAGAGGACUCUUUCACUGUCUUUGAAUGUGAAUACUAACGGACACAUCACUAUGCUGUCUCUCUCAUCUGUGGGGCUGGGAGAAAAAACACUCUGCACGUCUUUCUUGAUCUACUGUCUUGAGAAAACGUUCAUAAAUGCCUAAAUGAGUAUUGUCACAUGCUGAUAUUUUCUCAGACUGCUUUCAGACUACUGCAGGAUCACCCUCUAGUGGCCGCAGACAGAAUUGCCCUGCUUGGCCUUUCCCUUGGUGUUACAGUGGUUCUGUCCAUCACUGCCUACUCAGAAGCUGUCAAAGUAAGUCCCUAAGAAACUUCUGCCCUGUCAGUUUGUUGAUUUCCAGAAUAAACAUAUGUGCAUGCGCUUGCACCCGACCAAAAUGUCCCCAUCAUACUCACCGUCAUUGAGUUAUGUUUAACACAUUAAUAUCAGAGACAAAAUGCUUUUUGUCUAUCUGUCCUCUGUCAGUAAUAAACAAUGUAUUCAUGUAGUUUAAACAAAUCUCUGUUUACUCCUUUUAGCCUAGAUGUUGUGUGUGCAUCAGUGGCAGCCAUGCUUGUCGAAUUGGAGCUACCCAGUCCAUUGAGGAAACAUCUCAGGGUAUAGACAAGUGAGUCAAUACCUUAUGUUUACUUGUAUUUGUCUGUUUAUAAAGUAGCCUAAUGAUUUUCAAGGAAAAAAUAAGUACUAUACCUUUGGCCAUUCCUUCGCAGAAAAUAUACAAAGGCCCGUACUGAUGAGGAGAAUCGCAUCAUCUGGAGGGACGUUCUUUUACCCAUUCCAGAAGAUAUAGACCUGAAAGUGGAGGUAAGAGAUCUGUUAUGUAGAGAAAGACCCUUCAGUCCUCUGCUCUUGUUUGGAUGAUUGUAGCGAGGGAAAUGUAUCUCACACAGGAGGACAGGAUGAUAAGGACCUCUAAAAGAUUACGCUGGAGAACUCAACCAAUACUGGGAACAGUUUCACACUUCAUCCAGUCCUAUCAUGAUCCUCCAGUAUCUCACAAGAUUGAGGGCUCAGAAGUAUUGUUGUAUCUGUCAAUAUUCAAUUUUCUCCUAAAUUGGUAUUGAUUUGUUCAGUCAUGCUCCAUUUUGUUUUAUUCUGUCCUCAGAUGGGGAGGAUAACAUGUCCUCUGCUGCUGGUUGUUGGACAAGAUGAUCAGAAUUGGGCUGCUGUCGAAUCAGCUGAUGACGUGAGCUAUGUCCUGUUUGCCUAUGGAGAACAUCAUGCUUCCUAAAUGCAGUUUAAAUACAAGAUAUCAAUUCAUGACAUGAAUUAAUUAGCGUUAAACUCCAUAAUUUUCUCCUCAGAUGAAGCAGAUGAUGGAGAGAGCAGGGAACAGUCACCUGCUGACCACUCUGUCCUACCCUGGAGCUGGUCACCUGAUUGAACCGCCGUAUGGACCCCACUGCAGGGCUUGUACCUUUGUGUUGCAGCCAGGCCAACAGAGAGGUGCCUUUCCAGAGUCAUUCAUGCAGACAAACUGUGCUUCUAUAGUUAUUGUGCUCCUAUAGGAGUCCCAAUACAUUCCUCGUGGACAACAGGGGGUUGCACAUUUCUGCUUUAGCCAAGCAUUACCACGCCAGAUGAAACUAGUCCACUAAUGAUCCUACAGUUCUAGGUUUUUCUUAUGUUACUGGACCCAAUUUUCAUAUAGGUCUACAUUACACAGUCAUAAGAGAAUGUCUCAAAUGUCUCAAAUCUAAAGCUGUCAUUCCAACUUGUUGUAGUGGUGAUGCUGUGGGGAGGCCUCACCAAACCUCACGCCGUCGCACAGGAAGACUCAUGGGAGAAGAUUAUA